AUGACCAUUCAUCAUCAACAGCAACAACAGAUGAGAGGAGGAAUGGCUUUGGAGAAGUCCAGAGUCAUGCUCUAUGUUAAGAUACCAGAGUUGAGUUCAACCAAAAAGAUACUGUUCGAUCAGGUCGAGUCUAUCAUUGAUGCCAUCAAUCUCAUCAAUGAGAAACUGCCACCCAACAGUCUGGAAAGGCCACACGAGUUCAACAUCUACAUUCCAUCCAAAGGUAGAUGGUGUGUUACCGACACUCCAUUCACCAAGUAUCAAUUCAAAGACAAUCAAGAGAUUGAGUAUAAAAGAGACACCAGAAGUGGCGUCUCUCAUCUUCUAAGUUCAGUUGGACAAAGGUUUAAACAAAGUAGAACCGUCCAAAUAUACAUGCCAGAGAUCAUACCUUUGGGCAUGAGUCAUAGCCAUAGCAAUAGCCAUAUCAUCAUCGCGGCUAUACAAGAUGCCGCGAUUACCGAAUCACUGCCGACCGCAAAUAAUAGCGUGUCCGCAGGCCAAACCAUAUCACCUUCCACUCCGACCACACCAUCGCCACUGCGCAACUCGUCGGACAACAACACAUUUGCCUACCCCUACCCACCCUCGUCAGGCACACCCAGCUCUCUGCCGCGCUCGUCCAAUGCCAUUAACAUAUCGAUGGGUGCUCGCUCGGGCUCGGCCCACAAGGAUGUUCCACGUCUCAACUUGACGCCACUGUCUGGCUCGUACGGCGGCAGCAGCCAGGCUACAAUGUCGUCGUCGCCAGGACGCUCUGGUCAUCUUGGCACAUUCGAUCCAAAGAAGUUUUUCAACUUGUUUGGCAUCAGUGCUCCACGCUCAACAUCGUCUUCGUCUCCGCGCAAGACAUCGCCAACGUCCACUCACACAUCGACCACGCCUCGCAACAUUGGCACGGUAUGUCGAAGCACCGCCGACAGGAUCAGCGUGGACAGCAUCGACUUUGACGAUCAAACCACCGUCAAGGAUGUCCUUCACAAGAUCUACCAGCGAUGGUAUGGCCACUUGGAUCGCGAGUUGUUGGACGACUAUAAUCUGCUUCUCUGUGGCCCCGGCGGGGACGUCUGGCUGUCCGAGCGCUCUCGCACCCUCGCCGACUACUCAGUGCACCACAUGUCCGAACUGCGCUUCGCCCGCCAGCACCAGCGCCUCAAGGUCACGUUCUUGAACCGCGAGGUGUUGCUGGCGUUCAGUCCCACCGACACCAUCGCACAGAUCACACAGCAGUUCAAAGCCAACUACCUGCCCAACUUGAUACGCACACACCGUCCGAGUGCGUCGUCGGGCACGCUCAGCAAGCUGUUGCGCCAAUAUCAGCAGCCCGCCACACUUGAGCAGCUGGUCAACGAGCAGGCCACACUCAGUGCCAUGUUUGCCCAGUCGCAUCCCCAUCUGACGCGCCAGCAACGCUCGUUCUCAGACUCGCCCACACAGGCACCGCUCUCAUUCUCGCGACACAGCAACCCGCUCAACUCGACCGAGCACGCCAUCGACACUAUCAAGCGCAAGAACACGCUGGUCUCGACGGCCAACCCGUUGGAAUCGCUGACCGUCGCGCCCGACAGCCUGGCGUCGGAGCUGGCCGAGUUCCGCGAUUUCCGUCUGCACCUAUGUAUAAAGCACCCCAACCCCAACAUCCAGUCGCGAUACGAUCUGCUGCUAGAGGACGAUCGCACACUCGAAUCCUUCCACUUUUGGAACAACGUCAAGUUGCACUUCAAGCAGCACAACGCCAGCAGCAUGCACACCAACCCACUGCGCUACGUUGCGCCCCACCAACCAUGCCAACAGCCCUUCUACCUCACAGUCGAGUCUCCAGGUGACCAACUUAGCGCCUCCUACAUGAUGGAGGUUGAGGCCACAAGUCGAGUAUCCGACGUCCUCUCCAGUUACUCCAAGCUUCUAAUAUCCAACCCAAACAUCAAGUUAAAUGACUGUUUGGACGAGUAUGGCUUGUAUAUCGACACGACUGAGGAGGGCAAGGAGGGCAUUGAGUAUGGACAGUCAGUGCUGUUGGACUCGAAUAGGACAUUGGCGAGCUACCCCAUCGAGCAGUUGGAUAAGUUGUUGUUCAAGAGGACGAACAACUGUCUUGGUAUCGACCCUUCCACAAUAAUGGAUUACAAACUGGACGCCAGUUGCAGCCUCAAAGUGCCAUCAGAACUGGUGCAGCUCAAACAGAAACUUAGACACCUCAAUGGUUUCAAAGAGGAGGGUGUCUUCAAGAUGGCAGCGUCCGAAGCAUCCAUGCAGGCAGUGUCCAACGCGCUGUCUUGCAAUGAGUUGUUGUCCACUAUUAUUGAUGUGCACCCUUCAUCAUCGUCGUCAUCAUCUAGUAUCAAGGGAUUUGGACAAGGUGAGGACAUCGAUGUACAUGCCGUGGCCAACUACAUCAAGCGAUGGUACCUUCGUCUGCCCACACGAGUGCUGGCUGGCGUCGACGAGGAGCAACUUCGCGAGGCCGCCACCAAUGAGGAUGCGGCCGUGCAGAUGAUGAAGUCUCUACAAGAGCCCUACUCCACACUCCUCCAAUGGCUGUCCAACCUUCUGUCCGAGGUGUCGUAUUGCGCCGCAACCAACAGGAUGAAUGCCAAGAGUCUGGCAGUGGCGAUGUCACACAUCCUUCUCCCCUCCUCAAAUUCGACCAGCUACCAUCAAGAUGGAGCCAACGAAUCUUCUUCAUCACUUGCAGGUGGCAUGGCAAAUGAUUCAGACGUCCAUGGACACGGACAUGGACAUGGACAUCAUCAACAACAGAUACAACAACAGUAUGCCAAUGUGAUACUCCAACAUCUCAUCACACAUUCACUCAAAGAGCAAGGAUACAUAGCACAUUCAGGAUCAUCCUUCUCCAUCUCCUUCAUGACCAGUAGUCACAGUUCAGUAUCACCCACGACCUCAUCACUCAUUUCUGGAUCGCCAUCAAUCAAUGAUCUUAUUGAUUGA